CUCCGCCGCCGAGGCUCGAUGCUGCGGGAACUCUAUGGUGGGGAUUUCUAGGCGAGGCCUCCGCGGGGACUCUAUGGUCGCAGCCCGCCCACCCCGAGCGUCCCGCGCGGGCCCGCCGUGUUUACGAUGCCGCCGGCGCCGGUUUCCUGAGGCGGAGACGGGCGCGGCGGCGGCGGCGGCGGCUCUCCCCACGCGCGGCCACCGGCGGGGCCUGGCGGGCCUCUGAGCUGAUUAUGGAAGAGGUGCACAAGAGCAGCAGUAACAGUUCAGUGACGCCUUCACAAACAACAGCUGUACAAGGUACAACACUACAGGCAGCUCAGCUCUCUCAUAUUGCUCAACAGAUGUCUCUCAGAGGUCCUGCUCCCCUGACAGUUGUUCAGCUGCCUGGAGAACAAGUCCAGGUCCAGGGAGUCAUCCAGACAGCUCAGUCCUCUUCCGUAAUCCACUCACCUCAGGUGCAAACAGUGCAGGUAUCUUUGUCUGAGAGUGAAGAUUCUCAGGAUUCAUCAGAUAGCAUAGGCUCUUCACAGAAAGCUCGAGGCAUCUUAGCUCGUCGUCCGUCUUACCGAAAAAUUCUGAAAGAUCUUUCUUCUGAAGAUACACGUGAUAGAAAGGGAGAUGAAGAGAGUCCUGGUGUCUCCACUGUUACAUCUAUGUCCGUUCCCACGCCUAUCUACCAGACAAGCACUGGACAGUACAUUGCCAUUGCUGCAAACGGAUUACAGCUGGCCAGCCCGGGUACAGAUGGUGUGCAAGGUCUGCAGACACUAACGAUGACAAACGCCGGUGGUACUCAGCCUGGGACAACAAUACUGCAGUACGCACAGACGUCAGAUGGUCAACAGAUACUCGUACCCAGCAACCAGGUGGUAGUGCAGACUGCGUCGGGAGACAUGCAGACUUACCAGAUCCGCACCACGCCAACUACCACGUCCCUUCCUCAGACGGUGGUGAUGACAUCUCCUGUCACUCUGACAUCACAGACAAGUAAGACAGAUGAUCCGCAGUUGAAACGAGAAAUAAGGCUGAUGAAGAACAGAGAAGCUGCUCGAGAGUGCCGUCGAAAGAAGAAAGAGUAUGUUAAAUGUCUGGAAAAUCGAGUUGCAGUCCUGGAAAAUCAGAACAAAACUCUAAUUGAAGAGCUAAAAACUUUGAAAGAUCUUUACUGUCAUAAAAGUGUGUAGAAAAAGAAGGUAAAACCUUUGUGGACUGUUGAAAUUUCAGAGGAGAAUUUUUUUUUAUACUGAAUUUUUUUAAACUAGAUGAAAGGUCAAAAAUGAAACUUUUCUACCUAGAUUUCACAACUUAAAGACUAUAUAGAUUUUAUUUACAACAUGUUGGUGACAAAGUACAAAAAGGAAACAAGAAAACCUCACCAAAAUUCCUGCUGGCACAACUGGAAACUUUAUAAAGUCAAGAUUGCAUCUACAAUAAAAGGACAGUCACGUUUUACAAGGCAGGUGAUUAGAAUUUCUUUGAAAAUUUCUACAAAUACCUCUUGUAACGGAGGCAAUAUUUGGUUACAGUUAAAAUGUGGACGAAAUGGAAUCCUUGCCAUAGUUGACAUUAUUAGUAACAUUUAUAACCAGUAUACGUUUUGAUUUCUUACUCUUUUUCAAUCCUUACUUUUUCUUUCAGUUAUUUGUAUGUAAAUAUUUUUAUUUUAACCUGUAAGUUGUUAUUUACAGGUGCAGAUGAUAAAAAAGGCUAAUACUUUGCUAGAGGUAUAAAUUAUGUUUACUCUUUCUCAGCUGACAGUUUAAAAAGUUGGGUUGGUUUUUUUUUUUUUCAGUGUUUGCUGUGUUUAUCAAAUUUGGAAAGGAUCUGCAGAAAGCAGAGAGGCCUAGUCCUGAAAAUGUCUGAGGCACAUGAAAUAAGGUGUUGACUUUUCUUAAAAGAAUUCAACACAUCCAAUUAUUUUCAAGUACAGUGUGGUAGAACAAGUACUGGUGAACAAAGGUUUCUGAAGAAUGAUUUCACAAUAGUUUGUUCUUAGUUGCUGGGCAUGAUAAACAUCUAUAAUUGAAAAAUAAAUUGUGUGCUGAUUAUAUAUACAAUUAAACAUGCAUUGCUUAUUCUGUCUGGAGAUUCUACUGUGCUUUGGAACAAUUAAACCAAAUAGAAGAUUAAUGAUAAAAAAUUGAAGAUAUAUACCAAAGGGUUAAUGAGGUUCUAAUAUAUGGUUUAUAUGCUGAAAGUAGUGCAAAAUUUCUGGACUAAUUUUGUAAGGUAGGCGAUAUUUUGCAAAGUAAUGGUAUCUUUGUAAGAAAAUAUUCUAUUGAAAACAGGUAGAUGGUUGGUAUAUUUUGUAGCUAAAUUGUGAUCUUUACAAAUUCUGAAAUUGAGUUUAUAUACGUAUUUUGACAGUUUAUAUAUUUCAUUUUAGUAAACAAAUGAAAUAUUUUGUGAACCAGAUUUUCAAGCAUAUAUUUUUAUGGAUAGUACAAAGUCAAAUGAGAUCCUCUUUGGUGUAGGAGAUAUUUGAAUUAAUUUUGUAUGUCUGUAGGCAACUUGCAAAAAAAAAAAUGGAUCCUAAAGAGUAUUGGGAAAAAAGAAAAAAAAAAAAAAAGAUCAGGGCUUUUUAUUCCCCGCAGUUGAUAAUAUCUGCACAUUAGAUCUGAUUGCUAUCAGAGAUUCUAGUUUGUAUGAUUUUAAUUUGUUUCAGGUGAAAAAUUAAACAUUUGACAUGAUCAGGACUCUUUUGGGUGUGGAAUCUCCAUUCUUGGAGAUACUCAAAAGCCGUCUGGCCGUGGUCCUGGGCAAGCCUGCUCUGGGUGACCCUGCUUGAGCAGGGCUGGGACAAGGUGACCUCCCGAGGUCCCGUCCAACCGCAACCAUUCUGUGAUUCUGUGAAAUAGAAAAAUGUGUAUGCAGUGCUUAUUGCAUGAAUAAUAAAUACACUAUUUUCCAUAGUUAGGAUUGAAUCCUGCUUCCAGUUAUGUCAGCGGGAAUUGCACUAUGGACUAUGCUAUUAAAAAGGUGUUAGAGCUCCGUGUGUGUGUUGUGCUAGCUCAGAUCUGAAUGAAAUUAAGAGAUGUACUCACUCCCUAGAUGUGUAACGCUUAUCAUAUGGUCAGUCAGUAUUUUUUUAUUUUACUCAUUUUUGAAUUAAUGGACUUAGCAAGCAGAGCUCCUUGCAAAUGGUAUGAGAAAGACUGCAUUCCACAAUCACACUGUUAGCGGGCUAUAAAAACACAUUUUUUUUCAGAAGUUUCUAAGUAUAUGAUUGUUACGGACGUGAUCCACAAUACGUUUCCUUUAGGCCAAACUGGAAUAUACGUUUCUGGUCGCGAUCAUGUCAAAAAAGAGUGCUUUUGUUGCACGUCAAAAAUAACAAGCAAGGUUGAGAAAGGCAUUGCAUUUGGGAACUGCUCCAGAAGAGGUGCUUGGUGCCACCUGUUUCUGUUAGUGGAAUUUCAGGAAAAAGAACACCUUGGAACGUGCUUAGCACCUCAGAGAAUUGGACCUUGCCGCUGUCUCCCAUCAGGUGUGCGUACGCUAUUUGGCAUAUGUUUAAGAGGGUUUGACCUACAGUACUGAAACUAAUUUGGUAAUUCCUCUGUAUGGUAUUUUGAUCCUCGCUGUGUGCUGUUGUUCCUUUACCUUCUUUUGUAAUACGGAAUAAUAAUGAAAAAAAGCUAUCAAGUGUUAAGACUGUAAAAAAAUGGUGGCCAACUCUUUCUGUAUUCAGCAAGUGAAACAAAUGUAGUGCUGCCAGACAUAAGGUUAGUAAAUUUUUAUCCUCUUAAAAUAGUGUUUUGGAAAGAGCAGCUUAUUUUUCAUCAUGGAAAUAUUAAACAGUAACAUGAGUUUGCUCUUUAAGUAAUCACUUAUCAUGAAGUACUUAUUUUGGAUUUACUUCAAAAUCUAGAUUGUAAGAGAGUAUAAAUCUAUAUCCUGAGAGUAAGAGAUAUAGUACCUAAUACUGUUCUGCUGGUUAUUUCCAAACAAAAGUACAUGCUUUCUAUGAAUUGUAAAUAUUUGUUGAAACAAUUAGAUGGUUGCAAAUUUCGACCUUGGUAAAUAAAGUCGCCAAAAUACAA